CAGGAAUCCGUUUUCUAUAGUUUGUCUCCUUUUGGCUUCAGGACUGGACCCUUCUAGGCUGACUGGAAAGGACUCCAAAAGUACGAAGUGACUAGAUGGGCGCCCAGGUGACGGACAGCUAGGGAACGAAGAGUGGUCGUGUGAAUAGGAAUGCCUGCCCAAAUCCUGAGACCAGAGAUAAUGGAUGAAGAUCAGUUAAUGAAAGAAGUCUUGGAUAAGUUUAUUAAUUGUCAUGAGCAAACAUAUGAAGAAUUUCUGAGCACUUUUACUCACCUUUCAAAAGAGGAUAUUGUGGCCAAAGGGGGAUCACAUGGAAGUGAUUCAUCAGAAAAUAUAUUUACUGCUGAAAAAUUGAUCCGUAAAAAUGAAUCCAAUGGUCAUCAUUUUAGGAAUACGGCCAUCUUUCCUCAUACUUCGUCGGAAUGCUCAGAAGAGGACCAGAUAGUGAUUGAUGAAGGCCAACAAGUUGGCAGCUUUCUUCAAGGUGAUAUGACACGGGCUGGAAAGGUGAAGGUAGACAACUUCUUAGACUUAGAAGAUUUGGACAUGGAGGAAGAUAGUAAGCCCCAGAUGAACAAGGAUUGGAUGCUACUUCCAGGUGAAGUGGAACAGGGUAUAAUCACCAGCGUUCCUGCUUAUGUUCCUUCUGUGGACCUGCCUCUCUCUUCUGAGGUGAAGCCAAAGCCUGCUGAGGGAAGAACUCUGAAGCCAACGGAAGAGAUAUUUGGAGAUGAAGUGCAGCCCUUCUUUCUCGAUGAAGAAUUUGAUUACGACAAUGUGACUCUCACUCCCAAGUUCACUGCUGGAGAGAUAGCGACUAUCCAAGAACUGGCCAAGCAAAAGAGAAUGGAUACCAAUAGAGACUUUUUUGAAGCCCACAACUGAGUUAGUAGAUGUCUUUGUGUUUAGUUUUAUUUUGUCCAUAUUCAACCAACAUUAGAAUAAAGCAUCCACCAGCUGAUUCCCGCUGUGGAAAUUUACACAUCUACA